AUGUCAGCUCGUAAGGCUUUUAGUGGUGAUUCUCGCAAACUUGUUCUUGCCUUCGACGUGGGGACCACAUUUAGCGGUAUCUCUUACAGCAUCCUCGAUCCCGGCAGAUCUCCAGAAAUCAGAGGCGUAACAAGAUUUCCCGGCCAACACGAGAGUUACAACGGUUCCUCCAAGAUCCCAACGAUCAUAUACUAUGACAAGAAUGGCAAAGUUCGGGCAGUAGGGGCUGAGGCAGUAACUGAAUCGAUGCUGGUAGCGGCGGAGGAAGAGUGUUGGUUCAAAGCUGAAUGGUUCAAAUUAUUGCUAUGCAAGAAGAAGACAGGAAAUCCUCUCGUACAAGAAAUAUCUUUGCCACCCCGCAAGACUAUCACUCAGGUUUUCGCUGACUUCCUUAAGUACCUCUUCGAGUGCGCAUCAGAAUACAUCAAAGAUACUCACGCCAAUGGCCCGGACUUGUGGGCAUCGGUGAAGGAUAAGGUCGACUUCGUGCUCUCCCAUCCUAAUGGGUGGGAGGGUAGAGAGCAAGCUAUUAUGCGAAACGCUGCCAUUCUCGCAGGAUUGGUCCCAGACACUCCAGUUGGACGUGGGAGGGUAUCGUUCCUGACAGAGGGCGAGGCAAGCCUGCAUUUUGCGAUCGAGAAUGGCCUUUUGGAAGGUGUAGCAGAGAAGGGGCAGGGCUUUCUGAUCGUCGAUGCAGGCGGAGGUACUAUCGACACGAGCGUCUAUCGUCGCAAGCCCGGAGAUUCCAAAUCCUUUGAGGAAAUUGCAGCUUCUCAAUGCCACCUGAAUGGCUCAGUAUUCGUCAGUCGGCGGGCACGUCAGUAUCUUAAAGGCUGGCUCACCGACUCGCCCUUCGAGGAUGAUGUCGAUACGAUCGUCGAUGAAUUCGAUCGGGCGACCAAACAAAGAUUCUCGGACCCCAAAAAUCCUCAAUUUAUCAAGGUCGGAAAUACUCGCCAGAAUUUCAAGGAAUGGAAUAUCAGUCAUGGCCAGCUGAAGCUCGAUGGAAAAAAUGUUCUUUCUUUCUUCGCGCCGUCUUUGCGGUCCAUUGUAAACUCUAUAGGGGAGCAGAGAAGGUUGUCUGUGUCUCCCAUCAAGCACGUCAUCCUUGUGGGCGGCUUCUCUGCCAAUGAGUGGCUCUUCAAAAGCCUGAACGACAACCUAGCACCCCAUCGAAUGAACGUCUUUCGUCCUCCAAACCGAGUAAAUAAGGCAGUCGCGGAUGGAGCUCUCUCCUUCUACCUGGAUCAUUAUGUGACCUCCAGGGUCUCCAAGUAUACGUUCGGGACAGAUGUUUCCGUUGACUACAAUUCAUUCAACGAAGAACAUGUAAAGCGUCGGGGCAAAGUAUUUCGUCAUUCAAUUUCGGGGGAGUUGAGGGUCCCUGGAGGAUUUGCUGUCAUUCUUCCCAAGAAUACUCAAGUUACGGAAUCCAAAGAAUUCCGACAGUCCUUUAUCUUGCAACCAGUCUUCUCUCCGGGGCAAAGCCAAGGAGUGGAACAAAUCGACGCUGAUAUUUUCUGUUACCACGGAAUAGAUAAGAAUCCUGGAUGGAUGGAUACUGAUCGUGGGAACUUCGCCCGCCUUUGCAACAUCGUAGCAGAUCGACCGCAGAUGAGUCGAAAGACUAAGACGAACGGUGACCAGAAUAAAAUCUACUCGGAGGUGUCUUACGAAAUUGUUAUCCUGUUUGGCAAGACGGAACUCCAGGCCCAGAUAGCCUGGCUUGAAAACGGAGUGGAAAAAAGGAGCCCAGCGAAGAUCGUAUACAAUGACGAGGAUUUCUGA